AUGAGCAAAAUGCGUUGAACCAUACCCUCUAUUUCCUUCUGGAUAAUCUACCAAAAACGUUCCACAUAAAUUUUUUAAAUUAAAAAUACAUAAAUAAAUAAAAAAAUUACAAACCAAAACAACCAUCAUCAUCACACACUCAAAGAAGCUAAGAGGAUGAUUGACGCGAGAGCUUGAUAAUGUUUGAUUGAUUCAUCCAUUCAUCACCGUCUUCAAUUCAAUUUCAGAAUGUUGCCUUUUUGCUCAGCCACUCCGUGUUAUUCCCCUUCUUCUCAGAUUCCGUUAUUUGGGGGACUUCAAUCCUUGUAUCCAAUUCGAAAAGAUCUUGAGACUAGAUGUGUUUUGGAAGAAAGUCUACAUUUAGGUUUGCAUUAUGGAACACCUUCACUUAGAAAUUCAUUUGCAACACAAGCUAUCAAAACUGUCUCAGCAUUGGAAAAUUCACCACUAACAGUAAAUGGAGACUAUUUACUUAGUAAUAGUGAACAAAGGUAUACUUUAUCUACCGUCCCGGAUGAUCUCCUAGACUUUGCAAAACAGUCAGCUCAAGGUUCUGAUGCAUUAAUACCAUCAAGUACUACUGAUAUAACGCCGGGGAAGCUUGAAUCUGUGCCUAGUUUGAUUCAAGGUACAAAAGAAAGUGUCGGUGACCUUGUUUCUGGAAUCAAUGACUCAUUCAGUGCCUCUAUUAAUAAGGGAGAAAAUGCUUUCCGAAGCUCGGUGGAUACGGUCACUAAUUUUGUUGAUUCCGUUGUUAAAAAUGCUACUACGUCUGCUGAUAAUGCUUUUAGCAAGGUGUUUUCUGCUGUUGAUCAAACAGGGGGAUUAGCGAAUAAGAAAAUUACUGGCUUUUCAAGUGAGAUAAAUGGAGCCACAGGUAAGGCACCUGGUUUGGUUAUUGAUGUGUUGCGACGCUCUAUUGUUGCGGUAGAGAAUUCUUUAUCAACUGGGGCUUCAUAUAUUGUUUACCUAUAUGGGUCGGCCAAGGAGUUCCUUCCUGCAGAGAUUAGGGAUACGGUCGGAGUAUAUGAAGAUAAAGCGACACAAUUCUUGAGGCCUGUUGGAUCUGGAACUCAACAGAUAUACACAGCUUUCUAUUCAUUGGAGAAGAGUCUCGGCUUUGAUCCAAACGACCCAAUUAUUCCAUUUGUUGUUUUUGUGGGCUCUUCAGCAACAUUAUGGGCUAUUUAUUGGUUGUGGAAAUAUGGAGGUUACUCAGGAGAUUUAUCCUCCAAAUCAGCUUUUGAGCUCUUGGCUGGGGACUCAAAUGCUGUACUCAUAGAUGUCCGCUCUGAGGAGUUGCGAGAAAAAGAUGGUGUUCCUGAUAUUCGACGAGCAGCUCGCUUUCGCUAUGCAAGUGUAACUCCAAUUGAGGUUGAUGGCUCCAUACGCAAGUUGUUGAAGGGUGGUAGAGACCUGGAUGACUCCUUGGUUGCUGUUGUUAUUCAAAAUUUGAAAAUUGUUAAGGACAGUUCCAAGGUUAUUGUGUUGGAUGCUGAUGGUACUCGUUCUAAAGGCAUAGCAAGAUCCUUGAAGAAAAUUGGGAUUAAGAAUCCAUACUUGGUUGAAGGUGGCUUUCAGUCUUGGGUGAAACAAAAUCUCCGCAUCAAGGAACUCAAACCUGAAACAGCACUUACCAUACUUAAUGAGGAAGCUGAAGCAAUUCUAGCAGAUAUUAUACCUUCUCCUUGGCAACUUUUAGGUUAUGGUACGGCACUACUUGCGGGAUCAUAUGCAUUAGUAGAGUGGGAGAAAACAUUGCAGUUAAUUGGUGUUUUUGGCCUCAGUUUGACCAUAUAUCUGCGGGUUUCUUCAUAUGAAAAGUCAGAAGAUUUAAGGCAAGAUGUGAGGUUGUUGCUUGCACCUGUUAAACUUGGAGGCCAGGCAUUUUCAUGGGCUGCUGGAAAAUUGGAAUCAAAUGGCAUAGGGUUACCUACAUCACCUUCAUCAUUGGAUGUUCAGAACCGGGUACUACAGGCUGCUGCCAAACAUGAAUCCCAACCAUCUGAUACUGAAGGUAACCAAGACCCAAAUCCUGAAUCCACUGUUACUCUCAACCAAAAUGCUUGAGAAUAUUGUUCCAGAUUGUCAUGUGCUAACAUGGAAACAAGAGCAGAGAUUAGUACGGUAACACGUUAACUCACAUGACUUGAAGUUUGCAAGUUGACAGUAUCCAACCAUUUCUAAACACUAUGCAGCCAACACAAGGAUAAUUGUAUUUCAUUAUUUUUAGUGCCGCACGUUGCAAGAAUGCCACAGGUGUUUAGCACAAUUUCCACCAUCUAAAUAAUAAGUGUAAUUGUUAAAUAAGUUAUUAUUUGCAUGAUGAAAAUUGUACUAACAAUUUGUGGUGUUGCAACUAAUAGUUUUCUAAACUAUAUACCCUUCAAAAAAUUCCUUUGAUGUUUAGGUCUUCUACAAAUACAA